GGAUUCAACUCGGCGGCGCAGCCCCUUCUCCACGUGCCCAAAAUAAUUCCACAUUUCAACGUUUCCCUUUCCUCUCCUCCUCAAAAUUUCCCGUGAAAAUUGCUUUCCGGUCCCCCCAAACAUUGAACGGGUCCGAUCCCCUAUUCCGCCUCCAUUGCCAUUCCCAAACAAGACUGCGAAAAAAACAAAGAUUCAACAUUUCAGAAAAAUCAGUACCAUCAUCAAAUACCGAAAAUGGAUUCGUUAGAUGAUUUGGAUUUUCUUAUUAAUGAAUUCGUAUCCGAUAAUACAUCUCCAGAAUUAUCCUUGCCCAACCAGAUCCAGAGCAUUAGCACAGGAAUUGACUUCUCAACUGUUAAUUUUGUAUCUCAAGAGAAAGAAUCUGCAGAGUUAGAUUGUUCUCGGAAGAGGGCACAUAAUGAAUCAUCAUGCUGUAGACCAGGGACAAAGGCAUGCCGUGAGAGAUUGCGACGUGAGAAAUUGAAUGAAAGGUUUCAGUAUCUGAGCUCUAUUUUGGAACCUGGGAGACCUGUUAAAACAGAUAAACUGGCAAUAAUUGAUGAUGCCAUCAGAAUUUUGACCCAACUGAGAAGUGAGGCUCAGGAGCUCCAAGAAACAAAUGAAAAGCUACAGGAAGAAAUAAAAAGAUUAAAGGCUGAGAAGAAUGAACUUCGAGAAGAGAAGCUUGUACUGAAGGCAGAUAAAGAAAGGUUGGAGCAACAGCUAAAGACGGUGCCAGUUCCACCUGCUGGGUUUCUGCCAGCUCACCCAGCAGCAUAUCAUACAGGGGCAAAUAAGAUGACAGUUUUCCCUACUUAUACAAUGGUUUGAAUCAAUGACUUUUCUUAGUCGUUUGUGUUAACAUUAAGUAAAUAUGAUAUUUAAAG